AUGGCCGAAAACCCUACCACGCUGACUCCAAUGGCUCCGAGUGUCGUUCUCGACCUUCCUCAUGUUCAGGGAAAAUGGCCCAGAGACCCUGAGGAGCUUGCUGUGAAUGCCAUUGACAGCGGUGUAUUCAUCAAUGAACUGGCGAACACUGAUCUUCUGCCGAAGAGGCUCAAAUCCCUUACUGACGAGGACAAAACGACUUUUGGUCAAAACCCUGAGAACCUACACUGGAAAGCCCAUGAACAAGGACCGUCUCCAAUUCCCGAAGGAACAUAUCGGGGGACCAAGCUGGCACUUACGAAGGCUUAUGACCUGAUAGAGCAGCGCUUCAUGUCUUUCAUGGAUGUUGCCAACUUUGAACCGUUGGUGCCAUCGCCUUUAAGCAGAGAAGAGAAGGAGAAGUUCUUCGCUUUCACAGAUGGGUCGGACGGUUACCCGCCCCAUCUCAAUCUUGCUGGAAAUGUGCCAGCUGCAGAAGCGGAGAAAAACAAAACGGAGAAAUCAACACUCCAGCCAGCUGAUUUGUUUAGCAAAAUGCGUCUACUUCAGUUGAGCUCGCUCUUACCCGCCGUUGUGCCUAACAAAUUCAUAAGAGGAGCCGCCAAGACAGCGGCAUGGGCUUGGUUUGGCUCUAUGGGCACGCCCGACGCAGGCACCAAACUUGAAGACGUGGAGUGGUAUAACAGGAAAGCUCGUGGACUUUCACAUCGCGAGGAUAUUUUUGAUCUCCCCAACGUGGGCGACUUGCUAGAUUGGUACAGCGAUAACCGAUUCUGUCAGCAGCAGUUCACGGGGACAAAUCCCACGACGAUUGAACUAGCUUCGGAUCGCUGGAUAAAGCACUUUAUUGAAACUGCAAAGGCACUAGAAGAUACAGGGGCUAAAAUAGUCAUCACCGAUCUCAAUAGCGACUCCCGAGAGUCUUUGUAUAUGCAGGACUAUAGCUACUUUCGCGAGGCUGCUGGUGUGGAUCCAACUGAUCUCAUCAAAUGUGCGUAUGAUGAGCCAGAUGAAAAGGAUAAAGGCAGAAAAGGUGUUCGGUUUGGCUGUGCAUCUGUCUGUCUUUUUUAUCUCAAUGAAAAGGGUCAAAUUUACCCUCUGGCUAUUGUUAUUGACUGGCGGGGCAGUCCCGAGCAAUCCGUGACGAUCUACAACCGGGAAUUGUUCAAGCGGACGGAUAUUCGGUCAGGAACCAAUAAGGAAACCCCUAAAGAAAAAGUGAUUGACGAAGCUCAUGACUGGCCUUGGAGAUAUGGUGAAGGUCCCGACUAUCACGCUAUUGAGGCAAUGGGCUGA